CGAAACUCUAUGCAGAAAGAGAGAGAGAGAGAAAGAGUAGUUUAGUUCUUCGCGUCUCGAAGAUUACGCGCGAGUCGCGUACGGUGUUUCACGAGAGCAGAGUAGUUAGAGCGAGGUCGCUUGUGCUUUUCUACGCGAUGUCUCGUUCGUGUCUUCUUCCUAUUUUCCAUUGACCUCAUCCUUGCCCUUCGUAUUAUUCUGCGUUUUAAUGUUCGUCGAUUGAUAGACGUGCGUAAGAAAUUCGUGUUUUAAAUUUUCAUCGUAAAUAUCAUCGUGUCGUAUAUACAUCAAAAGGAGACAAAGUGAAAAGGAGAGACGGAGACAGGGGAGAGAGAGAGAGAGAGAGAGAGAGAGAGAGAGAGAGAGAGAGAGAAAGAGAUAGAUAGAUAGAUAGAUAGAGAAAGAAAAAGAAAGAAAGAAAGAGAUAGAAAUAAAGAGAGAGAGAGAGAGAGAGAGAGGUGUGAAAAGGAUAAAACAACCCAAACAAAGAGAGACAGAACAGAAAGAGAAUAAGAAAAUAAGUGCUUUUUCAAAAGAAAAAAUUAAAAGAAUUACGAACGAUAGAAAGAGAGACAGAGAGAGACAGAGAGAGAGAGAGAGAGAGAGAGAGAGAGAGAGAGAGAGAAGGAAAGAAGAAAGAAGAAAAGAGAGAGAGACAGAAAGAAAGAAAGAAAAGGAAGAAAGAGAACGUCUAAUAUGCGGGACGUCAUUGGGUCGAGCGAGCGAGCUCCGAGACAAAAUGGGGCCCGUUGAUCGGGCCCGGAAGAGCGUUGGGCUCCGAUCACGAACGGAGGUAUGGAUGUCAUCGGGGACGGGGACGAGCAGACCCUCCAGGCGAUUCUAGGUCGAGGCGACUUCGUUGGAGGAAUUGACAACGAAGCCUUUGACUUUUCGCAGUUGGAGGAUUUCAUUAACAGCGACAGCGAACAACCAGCAACAUAUUUCGCGGACACUCUCGCAGCAGAAGAAAACGGGAGUGGAACGACGAGUCAUGGCGAUCGAGUUGAAGCAACGGGUAGUCAGCAAACACCACAACGUUUACCUUCACCGAUCGCUCACAAUCAUGCUGUGUCGAACGCAUGUUCUUCUGGUACCACCACUACCACCGUCCCAACCGGUACCGCCUACAAAGAUCCACAAUCGUACGUUCAUCCACAUCCGUUGCCAGAAAGUCCACCGGACAGUGGAAGCGAGCCACCAUAUUCUCCACCUGGACACCAUGAUCCCCAACACGUUCACUCGCCACAUCAAAAGGCGGCUUUACAAGAAAUACUUUUACAUCACCAAGGUAGUACAUCCAAUUAUCCAGGCAAUUUGUUACCAUCCUCACCAAGAACAUUGGCCACGUCUACCGACCCCUUAUUGUUGACACAUCCGGUCUUAACUCCUCAUCUUACGUCAGGAACGACGAAUUUGUCGACGCAACAACAAAUUGCACCAACCUUAGUACCGUUGUCGCACGAACAUGGUAACGAUGGUAUUAACACGUUAUACUCGUCUCUUCAGUCAGCACCUAAAAAGAGAAAACUUAGUCAGGAUGGGCUUAUUCAUGUCAAACAGGAGCCGGAACUUGGAACAGUGGAACAUAGUUGCAGCAGUAGCAGUGCUGUUCUUGAUGGCGAUGAAGUUGCUGACAGUAAUUACAUUGAUCCGAGUUAUCAAUGUAUACGAUUUCAUCCCUUUCAACAAACUUCUUGGCACGUACUUUGCGAUCAUAAUCUUAAAGAACUUCCUGUACCGCAUUACAGAGUCGAUGCGGAUAAGGGAUUUAAUUUCAGUAAUUCCGACGAUGCUUUUGUUUGCCAAAAGAAGAAUCAUUUUCAAAUCACUUGUCAUGCACAACUACAAGGCGAAGCUGUAUUCGUUCGAACUGGUGAAGGGCUGAAAAAGAUAAAUAGCUUUCAAUUACAUUUUUAUGGCGUUAAAGUCGAAUCGCCGACGCAAACUAUCAGAGUAGAACAAAGUCAAAGCGACAGAAGUAAGAAACCCUUUCAUCCUGUUACCGUUGUUUCCAGGGUGGAUUUAGGCGGCGAACGUGUUACGAAAGUAACAGUCGGCCGCUUACAUUUUAGUGAAACAACGAGUAAUAAUAUGCGUAAAAAGGGAAAACCAAAUCCAGAUCAAAGAUAUUUUCAUUUGGUCGUUGGUCUUCAUGCUCAUACAGCGGACCAAGCCAGUUAUCAAGUCGUUGCACACGCGUCGGAAAGAAUAAUCGUCAGGAACCAGCAACAUUUUGUACAGGCAAGUAAUCCAGGACAAUUUGAAUCUGAGGGUAGUGGAGUUGGAGCUGAAGGAGGAUGGCAAAGAGGUGCAGCACCUGAUAGCGUUUAUCAUGCUGGCCGAGUUGGUAUUAAUACGGAUAGACCGGACGAAGCUCUUGUAAUUCAUGGCAAUAUGAAGGUUACUGGUCAUAUAGUUCAACCAAGUGACGCAAGAGCUAAACAAAAUGUUCAAGAAGUGGAUACACGCGAACAAUUGAGAAAUGUACAACAGCUUCGUGUCGUAAGAUAUCGAUAUGCUCCAGAAUUUGCCUUGCAUUCAGGUUUGGGAAUAAAACCGCAAGAAGAUACAGGUGUUAUAGCUCAAGAGGUACAACAAAUUUUACCGGAAGCUGUACUUCCGGCUGGCGAUAUUGUUCUUCCAAAUGGUCAAAGAAUUGAAAACUUUUUGGUCGUUAAUAAAGAACGAAUAUUCAUGGAAAAUGUAGGAGCCGUGAAAGAACUUUGUAAAGUAACAGACAGUUUGGAAACUAGAAUAGAUCAACUAGAAAGAAUAAACAAACGCCUUGCUAAAUUAAAAAGAGGCGACAGUCUUAAAAGUUCCGUCAGUACAGUAUCUAGUAUAUCGAGUAAUAAAUACUCAUCGCCUACCAAUAACAAAUCGUCUAUUCUUGGAAAAACAAAAAGGAUUGAAAGAGAGGACGAACUUUUAUGCAGUAAUAAAUUUAUACAAAUUAUUAUCGUUAUACUUAUAUUGAUAAUGGCAUUUUGUCUCGUGGCAAUGGCGACAUUAUAUUUUCUCGAAUAUCAGAAACGUAGUAGCCUCGAAUGGUCAACAAUGGCAAGUAAAGAUAUGCUGGCUGUGAAACCUGCUCAUCCAGCAAUGUUAUCGACAACUCCAACUUACGAUCCUAGAUUGAACUCUUUGCUACAUAGUACAAUAUCUUCUUUAUAUACAAAACACGGUCCGUAUACGAGAGGAUUGGAUGGUGGAUUAUCCUUAAAAAGUAAUUCAUUAACAACACAAUCGCCUAACACGAAACAACAAUUAUAUUCGCAAGAAAUAACUUCAUGGUAUCCGAUAAAUCAUUCGGGACCACAACCAAAGCUCGAUAAAAAUAACGAGUUUCCUGGGAACUGGUUGAGUAAAAGCGGUGCAGGUGCCAUUCCUAGUAACGUAGACGAAAAUGAUCAAGGAACAGACGUCGAUGCAACGCCAUCAAACAAAGAUCCGAUUCCUUUAGGAAGACCAAUCGAUUGUCCCGCACAUUUUAGUGAACUCGAAAGUCCAUGUCAGGUUUAUUGUUGCUCUGCCGAAAUUCAUCAAUUGGAAGAUCCACAACCAGAUCAUCCACCAGAGAAAAAAUCUAUUUCAGAUCAUCUGGAGCAACCUUUAAAUAUCCAUGAAGAGAAGCGUAAAGUAAGCAAAGGUUUUCAAAAUGGCAUUAAUCCAUCUGAUCCUAGCACACAAACUCUCGUAAAAGAGAGCAAUUACAAAUAUCUACAUAAAAGGACAAAACGAGAAACUGUUGGUGCAGAUUGGGGAGAAGUAGCUAGUAAUGCUGCUGGUUCUUUACCACCAGAACCUAAACCCCAACUGUUUAUAGUUGCCAAAAGCUUUAAUGUCUCCUUAGAUCAACGAUAUUGCUCUGCUGCCUCACCAAAUACUCCCAACAAUAUUAGUUGUAUUAUACCACUAUCUAAACAUAUGCCUGAUAUGCAUCUUACAUUACAUUUCCUCGGUAUGCCUUGGUUUUGGCAAACGGUGCAACAAUGUCCGGUCUCAUCAACUUCUAUUGACGAAACGAUGGUAUGCGGUUGGACUUAUACUUUGCAACAACAACAAACACAAUAUAUUGAAAAUAACAAUCAACCAGGCGAUCAAUCUUUUCCUUUGGAUGUAGCGCAUUAUCUCAGGAAAACGUUAAAAUUUCGUGUACCCACUGUACAGCCUCAAGAAAACAUCUGCAAGAAUCAACAUGGCGUUGAUUAUUUAGAAUUCACAUUGCACUUUUAUCGAGACUGCAAUGAAUAAUUUUUCACAUAUGAAUUAUGUUUUACUAUGAUAUAGAAAGAGUGACACAGAAUUUCAGUGUACAAUUUAAUCAAUCUCAACAGUAAGUGAUAAUAUUUACAAUAAACCUGAUUGUAAAUCUCUCCCGUGCCUUAGCAUACUCUAUACUUCUUUUUAUGUCCUCUCUCUCUCUCUCUCUCUCUCUCUCUC